GGUGUACAGUGUCAACAAUCACAGCUGCUUUACUCGGCACACGGCAGAGUCGACAAGAGUUACACCACCGAGUUACACAUUGUUGUAUGCAUCAGUGUCCUGGUACAUUCCAAUAGAUCUAUUUACUGCCACCAAGGAGUAGACCUAGUCGUUUGUGUACCGAUAGCCAGCACAAAGAUAACAAAACAACACACCGAUCGACCGUGUUCGUGUGCUCAACUAGGCUUUUCAAUUUUCAGACUUGUUAGAGGAUGCAAAUUUGAUACGAAAUUUUCCUUAAAAAGGAGAUAUGUGUGUCCAAGAGAUCUGGCUCCAUCUACUGUUUCAGCUGUUCUUAUUUAAACUAUCUUCACAAGCCAAUGAUAAGGUCAAAGGUUACUGGGGUGAGUGGGGACCAUUUAGUCAAUGUAGCGCCACCUGUGGACCUGGUUUCAUGAAAAAGGAGAGAGUAUGGAUUCACGACCCAGCUGAUGGUGAGAAAGCACAGGAGAAGUGGACCUCUAUUGUGAAUUUUGCAUGUGUGGAUGAAAAGUACCCAAACUGUCCAGAGGAUGGGAGGUGGACAGGUUGGACUGGCUGGAGUGCAUGUACUAAAGCCUGUGGCAGUGGAAUCCGAGACAGGACCAGGGAAUGCUAUGGCCAGCUGUACGGAGGCAAGGACUGUGACGGUGAAAACAAACAGAAAGAAGAUUGUAAUCCAGACCCUUGUCCUCCAUUGCCUAAGAAAUUUGACUUAAUGCAAUGUAAAACUGACACCAACUUUACCUGUGAGAGCAAGAAGAUGUGCAUACCUGUCUUUCAGAAGUGUGAUGGCACUGUCCAGUGUCACGACGGCAGUGAUGAGAUGAAGUGUUCUUUUUCUAGAGGUCAUCAUGGCCAUAUUUAUUAUGAUCUCCGAAGAAAUGGUGGCUCUUCUAACUUUGUCAGCAUUUGGUGGAGUUGCUUUGGUCUUGUUGUUAUGAAACCUUUUUUCAUGUUGAUAUUUUGAAGGAACAAAAAUAUGUUAAGUGUUUUCUUACAAGUAACCUCAUUGCCAGAUUGAACGAAAAGCAUCAAAUGAUCAUGAUAAACAGUCAUACUGUGUUAACUGCAGUCUAUACCACUAUUUAUUGUGUAUAGUUUAAAAACAUGAAAAGCUUAGCGCCAGCAUUUUUUUUUUCUUUUGUAAAAAGAAUUCUUAAAAUUGUUGGUUCAUGUACUUGUAGGACAAAGAGAUGUUAGAUUCUCAUUUCCCGUGACUCAAAUCCCUUUUCUGUUGUAGUUUUUGGGUGAAAAAAAAACUCAAUAAGGAGAGUGGUUAUGUAGUAAGGUAAUGUAUGUUUAAAUGUCAGUUUGUGUGUCCCAACAUAAAAGUCACCUUCAAUUUCAUGUAUCUAAUAAUAGGAUGGUGCUGCCCUAGUCUGUUGGAAGCAGGGUUUUAGUCGUGAGUUCAUGUGACUCCAAUGGAUAUAUAAGUUGUGAGAGAUUGAUAAGCAGUAAAUCAUUGUGGUGGCCAAAAGGCUUAACAGUUGUCACAUAAAUAGGCAAUCUAUACUUUAUCUGAUAUUCCAGCAUAUUGUGAGACAAUGUAGAUUGAUAUCUGGUUAUAAAGUAUAAAUAUUUAUAACUCUUAUCAUCAUGAGUUUUGUGUGUGUGUGUUUUUUUCUGUUUACAUUCCAUUGCAAUCUGAGUCUUUUAGAAAUUUUGCUUGUAUGUCAUAUAAUCAUUAUAGACUAUCACAAACCUUUCUGAUUUUUACAAUCUGUAUUGUCAUCAUUCAGUUCUGUCAAGAUUUUGAUGCCAGAAUGUGCAAGAAACAAGCAUUUCUUAGGGAGCUUUAGAGGUGCUGUAUUUCCUUGACCUUUUUAGAACUUAGUCCAAAAAAAAAAAAAGAUUUUCAGCUUCAAAUAAAUUGCUCUAAAUACCUGUAUAUUAUUGUAUCAAUAAACAUAUAGGUAGUGGAAAUUUUUUUAUUUUAAGGGACACCACUCAUAAGUCUUAAAACUUGAAAUCAGCUCUAUGCACAUUCUCACUUGAAAAGCUCAUAACAUUUUACCACGUUCAUUUGAUUUUAUUUUUAUUUUUGUUUAUUUCCAGUGAAGUUGUUUUUUUUGUUGAUUUUGUAUUGUAAUGACCAAAUUUGUGCAAACUUUAUAAGUUAUUUUUUGUUUGCUUUUUUUUUUUCUCUCCCCUUUUUCAUGAAGAAAACUUUUGUUUCCCCUCUGCUUGGCAACAAAUGAAUGCGCUCUUAUUUGGAAGUAACUGACACCAAGCCUGGCAGUGUAUUCUUUUUCUUUUUACCAUUUGUAAGAGGCUUUUUUUGUUUUAGAUAUCAGCUUGUGAUGAUUAGAAACAUUGCUUUGUGAUACAUUUAUUGUCACAUAUGAUGUGGAUAUUUGAAAACAUUCCAAAUAUGGUUAUAUUUAUAAGAGAAAAAAAGACAAAAUAACACGAAAGCACCUCAUUGAGAUUCAGCUCAUUAGACCAUAGCUCAUGCUUGCUUCCUUUGCCAGUAUGUCUGUGGUGUAGCUAGUAGAAAACAUACAGAGAUUUUAAUCUUUGCUGUAUAGUAGUGUUGUUUUACAAAUUUGAAUUUGUGUGUCAUUAAACAAUUGUUUUGAUUUUUAUUGUGAUAUUUUGUGAGCCUUUUGCUUUCUGUUCAAAGUCUAACAAAUGUGUUGCUGGAAUCAUAUACUGUGCAUUCUACAUGUAUUCUUGUACUUGUCAUUUUGUCAAGUGUUUCUUUACCAAAAUGUGUACUUAAAAUCAAGAAUUUAUUACAAAUAUGUUUUAUAUUGUACAUAUUGAUAGAUCUUUAAUUAUUCUUUUUAUUAAAAACCAAGAAAAACUCUUGUAUGUUUCAGUUGUAUAUCACUGCAGCCCAUCAUUGAGACAAUUCUCUAAUUAAUGUAGUCAUUGAUCUUAAUGGUAUGUAACAUUCUUUAAUUAACAAAAUUGUUAUUCUUUCACUGCGAUGCUGUUAACAGUUUCUGUAACUAUUUUAUGUUACAUCAAUAAUUUCACCAGGAGAACCAACGCCCAAACAGACUGUUUAUGUUUAAUUUUGAAAAUGAUCUAAAUGUUUAGUAGUCUAGUUUUGAGUUAUUGAUUUAUUCUUACCCGACAUAAAUGUUCACUGCUUUGCUUUCGAGAUUUUAGUCUAUAUACCUACCCACACCAAGAUGGCAGAAAGUCACUCUCACUUCCGUGAAAGUCACAAAGCCAUCGUCAAAUUAAAUUCAUUCAGCAAAGCGUGGCAGUGAUGAGCAGGAUCAAAAUAAAUGUAGUUUUACCAUUAGUACACUUCAUGUUUAUCAAGUACCUGUGAUAGCUUUUUGCAUCAAUUAUCAAAACUGAAAACAAUAGGUCAACUUUUGGUUGACUGAAAAAAACAGGUCAACUUUUGGUUGACUGAAAGAAAAAAAAACAGGUCAACUUUUGGUUGACUGUUCCAAAGAUACAGGUGUUGUGAUCUUCUAAUUCCUUUUGAUCCUCUUAUUUUUCUAUAACAUCAAUGUAGUUUUAUUUAUGUUCAUAAUCAUUACAUUUCAUACUGUAAUAUCCUAAAAUUUGUCUGUCAUUCUAUCCUUCAAGCCUUUACAAUUGUGUGUAUAAUUUAGUUUUUAUUUUAGUUCCAUGGCAAGUCUACAACAUUAGGCACUUGUUUCAGUUGCUUCAAUGUUUGAUUGUAUAUUUUGUUACUGGUAUAUACAUAAUGAACACAAAAUUAAAGUGCGUGAUCUCAACUCACUCAAGCCAAGUUAGCGCUUAUUAAAUGUUAGCCUCUGUUGAGGUCUCCGUAACGUUUUAUGUACUUCAUUUAUUCAUCAAGUUAACAUGCGCACAAACUGCCCAAUAAGUUUCAAAACUAGCCGCUCUAUUUAUUGAAGAAAAAAAAAACAUUUUGUAGAUGAAUAUUAAAACAAUGGAAUUUGGUUUUGGAUUAAUAUCUCAUUUCCUACAUGACUCAUGUUUUUUAUAUUUAGAUUUCUUGUUAAAAGCAAUGCCUAGAUGUAAACUCAUGUUUUUACAUUCAAGUAUCACUUUUUAGUAAAAAUGUAUAGCCAAGUCCUAAACCAAGUGACACUUAGGAAUAAACAGUUAUUUCUUUCUAUAUUAGGAAUAAACAAAGUUAUUUCUUACUAUAUUUUAAAAAAUAUGUUAUUGGCCUCCUGCAGUCAUCAAACGAAUAUCUCAUAUAGCAUUUUUUCGUGUGACAGUAGAACCCUUCUGGGGAGACAUUCUCAUCCACAUGUUGUGGUGGCAUUCACUUUUAAAAAUUUAUUGAUCUAUCAAGAAAAUUAAUUCUUGUAAGAGUUAAAAGUUUUUUUUCUCCACUUUCACUGAUACAAUGCUUUGUAUCCUGUCAUUUUAUAAUGAAGUCAGGGCUGUGUAUUUAAAAAGGCCAUCUUUAUUUUCUUUAUUAUUUCAAGCCUAAUUAGUAAAUAGAACAAACACUCCAAAUUGAGAACAAAAAGUUUUGAUCUUCUGAAGAAUGUUUUAUGAUGUUUAUACAAUCUGCUUUCAUUUUAGUUAAGAUUCAAUUUUUAAUGAGAUCAACUGCUUUGUAAUUCAUUAUAAUCUUAUUUGUUCUAUGCUUUGCUUUUGAAUGAUUUUUUAAAAAAUCCUUGAUGUUAUGAAUCACCAAACGUUUAUACAAAUGGCUGAAUUGUGUUGAGCAUGAACUUAAUUUAUUUACUUUUUUAUUAAAUUAUUUGCUGGAUCCCGUUUCAAAGUCUAUCUUGCAUACCAUUGUACAUACAGAAUUGAUGGAAGAGAAAUCAUUUUCAAAGCUCAUUUGGUGUCAAGUUUUUUUAUUUUACUUUGUUUCAAAAAAUUUUUUUAAUCUAGUAGAAUUAAAAAAACUUUAUGUGUCUAAUGGCAUUGUUGGUAUGUGUCUGUAUAUUUGCUACCAUGUUGUGGUUCAGAGUGUAGAGCAGUCCUCAAUGCUGGCUUACUCACCAGAUCACAUCCUUAAAAGGUGAUAUUCACAAUGUACAAUACAGAUGCUAUAUUUAUUUCAGUAAAAAUGAUCACUAUGUACUAUGUUUAUUACUAACCUUUGAAAAAAUCCCAUGUUAGUGUUUCCUCUACUGGUGCUUUGAAUGUGUACAGCUGCUCAUGAAGGAGGGAAAGGUUGAUGUGAUCAGUUAAAGUGCAAAUAUGUAACUGCACCAAUCAAUGCCCAGGAUGUAGGUAAUUAAUUAAGCCUCAUAAGGUCUUUGGUGGCCAAAGUAGUCGAAGCAUAUAUUUUAUUUCUAUAUACUUUAAGUUUUCAGUGUUUAUUAGUCCACUUAGUCCAGGGGUUCUCAACCUGUGGGUCGCGACCCCCAUGGGGGUCGAUUGAGAAUUUGCUAGGGGUCGCCUAAGACCAUCGAAAAAAUGGAUUGUUUUUGUCUAUUCUUCUAUUGCUGUAUGUGUGUGUGAGGGGGUUCGCGGCAGAGUGGGGGAUUGUAAAAAGGGGUCGCCGAGCUUAAAAGGUUGAGAACCGCUACAUUCAUUUGGACAUCUGUAACACAAGACUAAGACAGCUUUAUUGAUCCUUAUUGGAAAUUUGUAGUGAUUACAAUGAAUAUAUAUAUUUAUAUAGUAUCUUUAGUUUUUAUAUAUGGUAGUUUUGUUUUUAUAUUAAAAUCUGGAGUAGAGUAGCUGAGUAUUGGUUAAAAUCCUAUCACUAAUGAGGGACUACUGUAAAGUCUAACAUACAACUCAGCUGUUCAAUACAAUUUGUAGAACAAUUGUGAACUAAAAAGCAACUACUAACAUACCAUUCAGCUGUUCAUAUAAUUAAUAGAUACUUUAAAUAUUCCAGCUUCGUUCAGUGUCUGCUCAGUUGACAUUUGUAUCUGUAGGCCUAUACGUUAUUUCUGAUUUUAUUCCCAUGAACCCCUUUAUUCUUUCUUUGUUCUGGUGAAGGUGCUUAGUUGAUCUUUCAGAGAUAUUCCAAGGUAGAAAAACAUAUGUCUUAAAAAGUUUAAAUGUGUUUUCAAAAUCUUAUAUAUAGAAACCAGUUCACUUUUCUCUUUUUAGUUACAAUAUUAUGACUAAGGGGUUGAGCUACCUAACAAAUGGACAUCAAAAACCUCUUAAGUCACAUGCUUUCCCAACUUUUCCAUACAACUUAUGACCUAAUUCGAAUCAAACAUAGUUAUCACAUGACCAUUUCUUUUGGUGUUUUAUCCAUGGUCAUCACAUAACCAUUCAUUUUGUUGAAUGAGGUCCAUUGUCUAGUUUAAAUCCUGAUGAAGAUUAGGAUUUUAGAUUCAAGUGAUCUCAGAGGACAGAAAACAAAAGACAUUAAUUAUGUGCAUUCAGAACCUUAAAGUCUUUAGAGAGAGAAAAUAAGAUUGUGCUCAAGCUUUUGAUUCAUCUGUCACAUAAUUUAAAGUACAGUUAAGUAUAAGUCAGUUUUAACACUUUGAGAGCUAAUUAAGUCUUUCAAGUUUGUUUCAUAGUGAACUGAAUUGAACAGCUUUUAUUUAGUUUCUUGUAAGAAUUUUAGAUUUGAUUUUGUGAAGCAAACUUUUUUUAUUUUUAUUUUUUCAAUGAAAAAAUACAAUAAAUUUGUUGUUUUUUUUUGGUGA